AGAUGUUUCUUCUCGUGACAGUCCUGUGCCUGGCAGGUGAUUAACACAGCUCCUCGUCAGCCUGCUGCGUUGUAGACAAACCUUGGAGAACUACACAUUGAGACACGGACAUAAUCUUUCAAGAUGGAUACCUCAAACCUUCCCAAGAUCCAGGAUGAGGAGCGAGAAAGCGAGUUUGGAUUUGUUCAUGGAGUUUCUGGACCAGUGGUGACGGCCACCGCGAUGGCGGGAGCCGCCAUGUACGAGCUGGUGCGCGUCGGCCACAGCGAGCUGGUGGGAGAGAUCAUCCGCCUGGAGCGAGACAUGGCGACCAUCCAGGUCUACGAGGAGACUUCCGGUGUGUCCGUCGGCGACCCCGUCCUCCGGACGGGAAAGCCCCUCUCUGUGGAGCUCGGCCCGGGAAUCAUGGGCUCCAUCUUUGACGGAAUCCAGCGUCCACUGAAGGACAUCAACGACCUCACGCAGAGUAUCUACAUCCCACGAGGAGUGAACAUCGGGGCCCUCAACAGAGACCUGAAAUGGGAAUUCACGCCCGGCCAGAGUCUUCGGGUCGGCAGUCACUUGACGGGCGGCGAUAUCUACGGCGUGGUGUUUGAGAACUCGCUGAUAAAGCACAAGCUGAUGCUGCCACCUCGCAACCGAGGCACCGUCACCUACCUCGCCCCACCCGGAAACUACGACAUUUCUGAUGUGGUUCUGGAGCUCGAAUUUGAAAGCGUGAAGGAGAAGUUCACCAUGAUGCAGGUGUGGCCGGUGCGACAGAUCCGCCCGGUAACCGAGAAGCUUCCAGCCAAUCAUCCGCUGCUGACGGGCCAGCGAGUUCUGGACGCACUUUUCCCGUGCGUGCAGGGCGGCACCACCGCCAUCCCCGGAGCCUUCGGAUGCGGCAAGACGGUGAUCUCGCAGUCGCUUUCCAAGUAUUCCAACAGCGACGUCAUCAUCUACGUCGGCUGCGGAGAGCGCGGGAAUGAAAUGUCUGAAGUGUUGCGGGAUUUCCCCAGGCUGACGAUGGAGGUUGACGGCAAGACCGAGAGCAUCAUGAAGAGAACGGCGCUGGUGGCGAAUACGUCCAACAUGCCCGUGGCCGCCAGAGAGGCCUCGAUUUACACAGGGAUCACGCUGUCCGAAUACUUCCGAGACAUGGGCUACCACGUGAGCAUGAUGGCCGACUCGACGUCUCGCUGGGCCGAAGCUCUGAGGGAAAUCUCCGGGAGGUUAGCCGAGAUGCCCGCCGACAGCGGCUAUCCGGCUUACCUGGGCGCCAGGCUGGCCUCCUUCUACGAGCGCGCCGGCCGCGUGAAGUGCCUCGGAAACCCAGAGCGAGAGGGCAGCAUCAGCAUCGUAGGAGCUGUGUCGCCCCCUGGUGGAGACUUCUCAGACCCCGUCACUUCGGCCACAUUAGGCAUCGUUCAGGUGUUCUGGGGAUUGGACAAGAAGCUGGCUCAGAGGAAGCACUUCCCGUCAGUGAACUGGCUGAUCAGCUACAGCAAGUACACGAGCGCUCUGGAUGAAUACUACGACACGCAUUUCCCCGAGUUCGUUCCUCUUCGUACGAAAGCCAAAGAGAUCCUGCAGGAGGAGGAGGACUUGUCGGAGAUCGUGCAGCUCGUCGGCAAGGCGUCUCUGGCCGAGAGCGAUAAGAUCACUCUGGAAGUCGCAAAGCUCCUCAAGGACGACUUCCUGCAGCAGAACAGUUACACGCCCUACGACAGGUUCUGCCCCUUCUACAAAACCGUCGGCAUCCUCGCGAACAUGAUCUCCUUCUACGACCUGGCCCGCCACGCGGUGGAGUCCACGGCGCAGAGCGACAACAAGAUCACCUGGGCGAUGAUCAAGGAGCACCUGGGCGAGAUCCUGUACAAGAUCAGCUCCUUGAAGUUCAUGGACCCCGUGAAGGACGGCGAGGUUAAGAUCAAAGCGGAGUUCGCCCAGCUGAUGGAGGACAUGCAGAACGCCUUCAGGACUCUGGAGGAAUGAGCUUCCUACCCGUCGAGCUCCAUCUCCCAAACAUCCCCCCAAAAAAACAGUGCAGUGCAACCUCGUGCAGAUUGAAUGUUUACCUCAGUCAUGUGACCUCUUUUAUUCCCGUGUGUUUACGUCCACUUAAACAUUCCUUUGCGUUUUGUUUGAUUUAUGACUAAUCUACUUAAAUAUAAAUAAAGAACAGUCCUGGAAUCCCCUCGGACCCCUGAAUACACGCUGUGCUCAGUAGAUAUAGCCGACAUGGCCCCAAAUCAGGAGCUUUACAACCAAUGGCUGCAUCAAAAGAGAUGACAGGGAUGUCCCCCCCCCCCCCCCAGGUGUGACCGUGAUCAAUGCAUAUUUAAUUCAAUCUAACGGGAACGUGCACAACGGCAAGGGGACUGCGUAGCGGGGGUGGCGAGAGUCCUUCUGCCACCUCUUUCCUCUUUAAGCGUGAUCGUGACGUCGUGGACAAUAUUCUUGUGAUUAUUUGAAAAAGAUGUGAAUGAGUCUGUAAAGAGUCGUGUUGUUAUCGGAUGUCUCGCUAUAUUAUAUGUGUGGUAUGUUGCUGUCUCCUGAAAUAAAUGUUUAAAAAAAAGUC